CUCGUGACGCAGCUAUUUCCCGUAUUCAGUCCUCCCCCGCUCUUGCUCAGCCGGGUCAGUAGCGUCGUCGCUCUGCUUCUACUUUUAUACAAAAUAAUACGAAGUUAUAUUAAAUUAAAUAUACAUUCCUGUGGAGUUAUGGACCUGCGGUAAAAGAGAUUAUCCACGGUGUUUGUCCAGGUGUCCUCAGAUGGAUUGACUUAAAGCUGUAAGAUGAUGGAGGGCGCUGGGCUGAGAGGAAGAUGGGACAGAAAAGCUCCUGUUGGCACAAUACUGCUCCCUAUGUGCAUGGUCCUCACCGCUCUGACAUUGGUCUCAGAGGCCAAGACGUGUCCAGCUGGGGAGUAUGACAAUGACAACGGGGUCUGUUGCAACAAAUGCCAUCGAGGUUUUAGCCUUGUAGAAAUGUGUCAUUCUAAUAAUACAAGGAGUAUCUGCAAGGAAUGUCCCGAUAGACAGUACACAGACCAGGAGAACUACUCCCGCAACUGCAGGAGCUGCAAAAUCUGCAAAGCACCAAAUCAUGAAGUGGAGGUAACCCCAUGUAAAAAAAUCAAAAACACAGUUUGUCGCUGUAAGGACGGUUACUACAAGCUCAACAUCGACUCAGAGAAAUACGAGUGUCGCAAAUGUUCAUCAUGUAAACUGAACGAGAUUGAGAAAAAGACAUGUACACCAGAGAACAACAUAGUGUGUGAAUGUAAAGAGAAGUACUACAAAGUCAAAGGCAGGACAUGUGAACCCUGCAAGACUUGUACGUCUGAGUGCCAAGACCACUGUUUGCCAAUUACUACAGAAACAAAAGCUCCUGAUCACAGAAAUGAUCAUCUCAUCAACAUAAUCGCUGGCGUUGCAGCGGGGUCACUGGUAUCGAUGGGGCUGGUGUUUCUCGUCACCCACAUGGUCACAAAACGCUCUAUCAAGAAGAAGAUGCAGAAGGAAUCGGACCCUUGCCCGGAGUCAGGCGAGCAAUUCCUGACCCUCAUUGUGGAGUCUGCAGAUAUCCAGAGUGAUAAGGCUCUUCCUCUAAGUGCUGUGAGUGACCAGGAGCCGCCCAAUCUGCCCGACUGCGUCCCGCUGGAAGUCAAGAUCCCUGAGCUGAUCUACACGGUGCUGGAUCUGGUUCCCGUGCUGCAGGUGAAGCAGCUGGUGCGAACCCUCGGUGUGACGGACACAGAGAUCGAACAGGCGGAGGCGGACCACAGAUCCUGCCGCGAGGCCCACUACCAGAUGCUGAGGGUUUGGGCGGAGAAAGGGUCUCGUUCAGGAGGAGGAGGAGGAGGAAGAGGAGGAGGAACAAUGCUGCACUGGCCCUUGUUGCAGGAGCUGUUGGACCAACUGAGGAAGAUGCACCUGGGCCGGGCCGCCGAGGAGCUGGAGACAAAGUACGGCAUUCAGUAAAUCUGCAACGCGUGCCAAGUGGAACAUGAAGCUCAUGAAACCAAGUAUUGUACUCUCCAGAGCCUCAAAGCACUCGAGCUGAAACGGUGCUACCACCAGCAGCAGCAGGUUAAUUUCACACACACCAGCUUCACUGAGCACUCUACCUCCUGCCUCACAUGUGAGAGGACAAGGUCAAACUACUGAGAGACAGAUGGACAAAUGUGUCAGGAGGAGAGACUCAUUGACUCUUUUUGCACAGAUUAAUUCUGCCUUACAUUUGAAAGAAAAACGUUUAGCCCUGUACAUUUUUUUUAAAGGUAUUUUGGAGCUUUUUGGAUUUUUGAACUCUUGUCUUCUCGUUCUAGAAGCUAGAAGCCGUUAUCUUAGCAUAAAGACUGUAAAUGCUUAGGUCUGUCCUAUGCUAACAACAUCCACCUACCAACUCCGUUAAUGCUGUCUAUAUAUCUUUUUUAUUUCAUCUGAUGAAAAUCCAAAGGGGAAAAUGUGAAAACGUGCUGUUUUUCUGAGGUUUUAUUGCAUAACACUGGACUAUAUCUGGUCUGGGAGCAGUAGCUGUCUCAAUUCAAGAUUCAAAGGUUUAUUGUCCUAACAUAUACACAACUACGGUGUUGUUAUGAAAUGUUUGAAAAUCUUAGAUCGCAGGUUCCUCAACAGUGCAAUAACAAGACAUAAAAAAAAAGUCUUAUGGCUUGUGGGAUGAAACUGUCCAUGGGUAUUUUUUCUGAUGCAGCAGACAGUUUGUGGCUGGGGUGAUGGGGGUCUUUUAUAAUCCUGAGGGCUUUCUUCCUGAGCCGCUGGGAGUAAAGGUCCUCCAUGGAUGGCAGCUCCGUCCUGGUGACGUGCUGUGCAGUUUUCACCACCCUCUGUAAAGCCUUACGAUUGAGGGUGUUGCAACGGCCAGGAUCCUCUCUAUGGUGCACCUGUAGAAUCUGGCACCUAGAGUACUCUCUGCCACAAAGUUAAAAUGUGUAUUCUCCUAAAAUCCCAAACUAUUCCAUGAAGAUGUUUAUCACUGUGCAAUUACUCUCCGGAAAUAUUUCUUGUGUUGGAGCAUUGUGCUGUUUCCCCCUGUUUCCGGUUGUUUUGCUUAGAUAAGCUAACAGGCUACAGCUUUGUAUUCACCAUGCAACCAUAAACUAUUCUGCUAUUCCCUGCAAGAUAUCUACUAAUUGUAUUUCCCAAAAUGUCAAACGAAGUCUCUAAGACGGAGUAAAACUUCUUUAAGACGCGCUGAUUAUCUUUUGUUGUACAGUUUGUAUUUUAAAAUAUGAGGGCAUUGUAUCAUGUAUGAUUUCAUAGUGGGGUUUUUAUUCUACCACAUGCAUUCAGGAUUUGAGUAUUGACAGUGGCAUUCUUUACUGAAUCAUAAUCAUGUGGCAUUUUUCAUUGAACAGAACUAGUUAUCCCUUUCUAUAUCACAUUGUUAGGCCUGUUAAGUUCAUCUACUCUAUUAACUUGUCUUUUGUUUGUUUUUAGGGAGGGAAGUGCAAAAUCAAGUGCUCAGUCUCAACCAUUAAGUUAACUAGUAAUGUUUUAAUUUUAGUUCCUGGUCACAUUGUUGAAUCAUUCUUCCUUAAAAGUUUUAUAGGAACAAAAACAAAUUUAAGGAAGUUGGUAGUUCCUACUUAGCGUGAGCCACUAGCAUUCUUUUAAGCCCCAUCAUAGGAGCAUUAAGCGUUCAACUGUGAGAGAAAACCGGACACGCCCGUCUCAGUCUGCCUCUGCAAAGUCAACUUACUGUAUAUCAUACCAGUCUCAGCAUGCAGAUAUAAAUCACUCCCUCAGACUGAAGACGUGGCACUCCUUUGCACUUCUACCCUGUAUCAAACUGUAUUAUAACAAACAGAGAAAUGUAUUGAGUCGAGCAGUCUAUGAAGUAUCUUUUAUACAUAUCUGAACUUUUAAUAAAUGUAAAGGAAAUCUGA